AUGCCUGGUGGAACUACAGCUCACAGCAUGUUCCGGUUGCCACUCGACUUCGGUGACGGCACCGGCUUUUGGAACAUCACCAACGGCUCCCAGCGAGCAGAGCUCAUCAGGGCCGCAAGGCUCAUUGUCUUUGAUGAGGCCCCGAUGGCACAUCGGUUCGUUUUCGAGGUUCUUGACAGAUCCCUGCGAGACCUCAUGCGUUCCAGUGAGCUAUUCGGUGGUAAAAUACUCCUCUGUUGUGGCGACUUUCGCCAGAUCGCGCCUGUCGUUGUAAACGCUCGUACUCCAACUGACAUUGUUUGUGUCUCACUUCGGGCUUCCCAUCUGUGGCAGCAUUUCAAAAUUUUUGCCCUGACAACAGCUCAUCGGACUAGUAGUUCCACAGCCUAUUCCGAAUUCCUUCUUAGGGUAGGCAACGGAACUGUCAGUUCGACCACUUUCUUGGAGGGACGGAACGAACAAAGUCUAAUUCCGCUGCUCGGGAUUAGACAAGUGACGUCUUUGACUGAUUUGGUCGAUUCCGUCUUUCCCGCAAACGUCCUACUCGACUCUGAUAUGUGUUCGCGACGCGCAAUCCUCUCGACUCUGAUAGUGAACGUCAAGGAGAUCAACGACCACAUCUUGAACUCCCUCGACGGUCAUCUGUACGAGCUGAGGAGCGCCGACACAGUCGACAGAGAGAACGACGAUGGCCUGGAUGUCGACGUUCAACUCCUGAACACGGCUACUGGCAAGGGCGUACCAGACCAUGUUCUGCGGCUGAAGAUCGGUUCUGUUUGCCUCAUUAUGAGGAACCUCAACAUCGCUGAAGGACUCGUCAACGGCACUAAAGUCAUCGUAAUCGGCAUCACCAACCGCCUGAUUACAGUGAGACUUUCCCAUGGCGAGGAGAUCAACCAAUACCAUCGGAUAAAGUCGACCAACUCCCAGGGACUCUGUGACCGGAGACACUGGAUCAUCUAG